CAUAUGAGCGUAUAUCUGUGCAUCCCAGGUUAAGCUUAUGUUGGAGGCUAUCAUUCACUGAAGUUGACGGGGUAUUUGAAAUGUAAUAAGCAAGAGUUCACACACUCGGCUACCGCAGGCAUUGGAGAUACACUGGUUAUGCGGAUGGUUAAAUAAUGGUUUCUCUGCUUGGGACCCUUACGCUAUAUUUAAAGAGACGAAAUACAGUAAUAGGGACCUUUGCCUGCUACCUGACAGAGCCAUUGGAAGGAAAGGAAUAGAAAUGAUCUUUUGGAAAUGAAGACAAGUUUUGUAGAGGAGGUGGAAUUUUGAUGGGAUCGAAAGAGCAUACUCAGUCAAGCAUUGAGCCAGGAACCUGAGAAGGCAGAAAUUCUGGUGAUACCUCUCACUGUCGUCUAGCACUUUACAGUUUAUGAAGUGAUUUCAAAGGUUCAUCUCGUGAAGUCUUGCUGCUCGCUUCAAGUUGGUCCGAUAUUACUUUCCUAAGUGCCUGCAUGAAGAAACAAAUGCUUAAAAUGUUUGAAUAACUACCAGAGAUACUAUGGUCAAAUGAAGAGUGAGGUGAACUGACAGAGGUAUUCAAAAGUUUUGACCACAUGGCCCGUCAGGAUGACGAAAAGAGGAGAAAAGACCUAGAGGAGGAAAUCAGGAGGAAGGAAGAAGAGGAGGCCACGGCGGCGGCAGCUGCCACAGCGGAGCAGGGGCCAGUCCCGGCCCCGGUUCAGGAGGUGGAGGUAGACUCCACCGCAGACUCGGGUGGGCCUCAGGAGCCCCUAGGCCCGCAGGGCGCCGUGCAGGAAGUGGCUGUUGGCUCUGGGGAGGCAGAGCCGCCGGGAGCAGAUGCUGGUGCUGCUGAAGUCCCCAAGGAACCACCAUCUCUUCCCAAGAGACAGGAGCAGUUCCAGAGAAACCCUGACAGCUACAACGGUGCUGUGCGUGAGAACUACACCUGGUCCCAGGACUACACCGACCUAGAGCUCAAGGUGCCGGUGCCCAGGCACGUGGUGAAGGGCAAGCAGGUCUCGGUGACCCUUAGCAGCACCUCCAUCCGGGUGGCUGUGCUGGAGGAAAAUGAGGAGCGUGUCCUCAUGGAAGGGAAGUUCACCCACAAGAUCAACACCGAGAGCUCCCUCUGGAGCCUCGAACCUGGGAAGUGUGUCUUGGUGAGCCUGAACAAGGUGGGCGAGUAUUGGUGGAGUGCCAUCCUGGAGGGCGAGGAGCAGAUCGACAUCGACAAGAUCAACAAGGAGCGCUCCAUGGCCACGGUGGACGAGGAGGAGCACGCCGUCCUGGACAGGCUCACCUUCGACUACCACCAGAAGCUGCAGGGCAAGCCGCAGAGCCAUGAGCUGAAAGUCCAUGAGAUGCUGAAGAAGGGGUGGGAUGCUGAAGGCUCUCCCUUCCGAGGCCAGCGAUUCGACCCGGCCAUGUUCAACAUCUCCCCAGGGGCUGUGCAGUUUUAAUGACCAGAGGAGAGGACACCCUCGCCGGCAGGGGAGCAGGGCCUCAGCCAUGCCCCUCAGCUCCCUCCUGCCGGGGACUCGCUGUCUAGUUCACCUUUGCCAUCCUAUUUUUCAAGGGUGAACCCGGCCUCCACCCUGGCCCUGCGUCUCCAGACUGUUUCAGAGCAGGGCGGGGUUGUGCGGCC